CUGGGGAAGGUCCUGGAGAUGGUGGGGAAGGUUCUGCAGGCCAUGGGAAGGAUCCUGGAGGAUGUGGGGAAACCCCUGGGGAUUGUGGAAGGUCCUGCUGUUUUUGGAAAGCAUAGGGGGUUCAAACCUGGAUUUCUAGAAGCAGUGAGGAAGAAAGGCCUCACCUGAGCCAUGGCCACACGUCUCAGAUUGGCUGGCAGGAGGUGCACUGUGAUCGGGGGCUCGGGGUUCCUGGGGCAGCACAUGGUGGAGCAGCUCCUGGACAGGGGUUACGCCGUCAACGUCUUCGACAUCCACCAGAGCUUCGAGAGCGACAGAGUGAAGUUCUUCCUGGGAGACCUCUGUGACAAGGAGGCUCUGCUCCCAGCUCUGCAAGGUGUGUCCGUGGCCUUUCACUGUGCAUCCCCAGCACCUUCCAGUGACAACAGGGAACUCUUUUACAAGGUGAAUUUUUUGGGAACCAAAACAGUCAUUGAGGCCUGCAAAGAAGCUGGAGUGCAGAAGCUGGUGUUAACCAGCAGUGCCAGUGUGGUUUUUGAGGGCACAGACAUAAAAAAUGGAUCAGAAGACCUCCCUUAUGCACGAAAACCUAUUGACUACUACACAGAGACCAAGAUCCUACAGGAGAAGGAAGUGCUCAGGGCAAACGACCCAGACAACGAUUUCCUCACCACUGCCAUUCGGCCCCACGGGAUUUUUGGUCCCAGAGACCCUCAGCUGGUUCCCAUCCUCAUCCAGGCAGCCAAGAGGGGCAAAAUGAAGUUCAUUAUUGGGGACGGAAAGAACCUGGUGGAUUUCACCUACGUGGAAAACGUGGUCCAUGGGCACAUCCUGGCGGCGGAAAAGCUGCAGAAAGGCUCUCCCCUGUGUGGGAAGGCCUUUCACAUCACCAACGAUGAACCCGUUCCCUUCUGGGCGUUCAUGUCCCGCAUCCUGACGGGCUUGGACUACGACCCCCCCAAGUACCACAUCCCCUACUGGCUGGCCUAUUACCUGGCCCUGCUGCUGGCCCUGCUGCUGUGGCUGCUCAGGCCCCUGGUGACCAUCAAGGCCACCUUCACCCCCAUGAGGGUGGCCCUGGCUGGGACAUUCCACUACUACAGCUGCGAGAGGGCCAAGAGGGACCUGGGGUACCGGCCCGUGGUGGGGCUGGACGAGGCCAUAGCCAGGACCCUGCAGAGCUACCCCCACCUGCGCCGGGCCAGGGCCUGAGCAGCCCUGCAGGGACUUCUUCCAGCUCCAUUUUCCAUGAUGACUGGGAUGUCUUGCCAUGGGCACUGAAGGGAAUGUCACCAAGUCCCAGGAUCGGGGAGUUUCCCCCCCCCCCUCCCCGAGUUCCUCCUCGCCGUGACCUGGGUUGGAAAAACCCUCACGUAGGAGCCGUCGUAACAGUUCUUUGAGGUGACUUCUUGUUUUGAACCAGCUGCUGAACUCUCUGGACCGUGAAAAGAACACCCUGCUGUGCCCUCUUCAAUCCCAAGGCAGCCCAUCAGCAUUCCUUCCCUCCUCUCUCCGCCCUUGUCCCGCUGUUUUGUUGCUCUGGUGACAUCAGCCACCUCCUCUCAGAGCUGGGGAACCAAACCCUUCUCGUGGCUGGUCCCCUCUGGGCUUUGGCUUUUCUCUAGACAGGAGAAGCUCGUGGCAAAAAGCAGUUCUGCCACCAGCUCUGAAAUCACUGCAGCUCAUUUUGAUUUCUCUCCAUGAUCAGUGGGUGAUUUGGCUCCUUCCUGAAGGAAACCUGAGGAAAGACCUCUCUUUGUUCCUUUGGGCCCGCAGGAGCCUCUUUCUGUUCCAAGAAGAACCCAAAUAAAUCACAAAGAGAUGAUUUCCUAGUUUUCUGUGCCAUCUUUGAAGGGGCAGGUCCCUUUCUGACCAUCUCAGCACAGCUUGGAUUUGAAUGAUUCCCUUGCGUGUGGGGAGAGCUCUUUGCUGUGGACUCUCUUCCCAUAACUCGUUUCCCACAAGAACUGCAGUGGUUGGAAGAUCCUACAGCACACAAAGCUCAUCUUCUCUGACCUGUUAUUGCUGGUCAUGGUGAUUUUUGUUGCUUUGACCACUUAGUCCAUGAAAAAACCCUCUUUUCCACAUGGAAUAUAAUGCAGUGAUCCCCCAGAUAUUUUGUUUGACAUGUAAAUUGUCCUCUACCCUUUAAUCUUCCUAAGUGCUCCAGUUCUGGUUUGUUCUUAAAUGAAGGGUUUAGGGUAGAGUUGGAAUUUCCCUCUGUGCUGAUUCCUGACUCCUGGGAGUUUUGGUGUUUCAGAUUUCAGAAUUAUGGGAAGUACCUCCCUCACUCAGAGAAAUAUUGAAUCCUAGAACUCUUUGGGUUAGAAGGGACCUUAAAGCCCAUCCAGUCCCACCACGUGGGCAGGGACACCUUCCACUCUCCCAGGUUGCUCCAAGCUUUGUCCAACCUGGCCUUGGACACUUCCAGGGAUGGAGCAGUCACAACCUCCUUAACCUCCAUCUGUGAGCUUGAUCCUAUAAAAUUGGUUUCAUUUUAA